UUUCAGAAAGGUUUUAAAUUUCUCUUUCUGGCCGAAAUAAACACAAUACUGCACUACCAGCAAAAACAAAAAACAAACUUAUGAAGCAGUAGAAAAGGAGAUUCGAACACCGGUGAUCCGAUUUUUGUCAUUUUUUUAGCAUACAUUUGUUUAUCAUUUUUUUCAGUGUAGAAAUACAGUCGUCUACCGCCUCUCACAAUAUUAAUGCGAUUACUUUCGUAUACACGCGCGUGUACAUUCAUUAGAGAAGUAAUAAAAUAACUCGAUUCCAUUCAUUCAUUAUAGAAAAAUAUUCGGUAAAGAAUUAAGUGCACAUCCAACGGUUUCCCUUCCCAAGAAGUGCAUUGCCGAUGAGCGACCUCGCAUGCGAGAGAACCGGGGAAUCCCCGUCCCUCGGCGCCCUCAUUAAGGUCCGCCUCGCAGCCAGGGCGUCACUCGCCUCUCCCGCGUCGCCGUGAGCGCAUAGGAAAGUCUCAACGCUUCUCGCCCCCGUCCUGUCACCAUGUCGAGCACGUCGGCCAAAGAUCCUUCGGCCAAGCGCGCCCAUCCCAAGUACAGCGAGAUGGUCGCCGCCGCCCUCAGGGCCCUCAAGGAGCGCAACGGGUCCUCCCGCCAAGCCAUCCUCAGGUUCAUCGUCGCUUCCUUCCAGGUCGGGGACGAGAGGACCGCCGGCGUGCACCUGAAGCAGGCGCUGAGGAGGGGCGUCGCCAGCGGAUCUCUGCAGCAGACCAAGGGCACCGGCGCCUCCGGCUCCUUCAAGCUCUCCAAGGAGGAGCUGAAGAAGGCUGCGCCCAGAAAGGACUCGGCCAAGAAGGUGACGAAGAACGAGAAGACUCGGGGGAAGGUGACGGCAAAGAAUCCCAGCGCUAAGACUGCAACAAAGAAAGUCCCCACUAAGACUGCAACAAAGAAAGUCCCCACUAAGACUGCAACAAAGAAAACCACAUCUAAGACUGCAACAAAGAAAGCCCCCACUAAGACUGCAACAAAGAAAGCCAGCGGUAAGAGCAUGCUAAAGAGCGGAGCAUCAAAGAAACCAGCAGCAAAAAUGGCGACGGCAAAGAAGCAGAAUCUCAAGAAAACAGCAGCAAAGAAACAAACCACAAAGGAUGGAAUGAGCUAGCGAAGCUUCUGCAGUUUUUAUGUCAUAUUAUUAACAGCUGUUAAUUUAUAUUGCAGCUAUUCUUAAAUAUGGUUAUUUUGUGUAUAUUAAAAAUUCAUCCUAUU